AUGCAAAACAAGCUUUUGUAUCUGUCCUGGCUGCCACCGUUUUCCCGAUCAGAUAAAAUUUCUGACUACGAAGCUGAAUGCAAGCCUGUGGUAUGGGACGAAAAGCGCAUCCGAAGUCUCGAUGGGACGAAGUUGGCUGUUUGCGAGGGACGAAUCCCGGCUAGUGAAGAUCGAAAGCCAGCCUCAAGUCGCAAGAAGUCAGUGGUAAUCUGUUACUUCCAGGGCAACGGCGGAUCCACCCCUCUGCGCUUGCCUCUUUUAUCUCAUUUCCUGAGGACAAUCUCAGCAAAGUCGAAAUCCAUAUCCUCAUUGGACCAGACCGAUUAUACAGUUGUCGCCCUGUCAUACCGCGGCUACUGGAAAUCAUCGGGCAGUGCGAAUCAAUCAGGAAUUGAACUCGACGCCCAGGCAUUUUUGGCAUGGGUUGCAAAUACAUAUUCGGCGCCGGACACCGAUCUCCAGAUCGUACUAUGGGGUCAUAGUCUUGGCUCCGCCGUGGCCAGCUCUGUCCUUUCCAAAUACCUGUCGCGCCAGGCUUCCGAGCAGAAUGCGACUAGUACUAACCUGCCAUCGAUAUCUGGGCUGAUCCUGGAGGCGCCCAUAUCCAAUAUCAAAGAUAUGCUGAUCAGCCUGUAUCCACAGAAAUGGCUACCAUAUCGAUACCUGUGGCCGUUUUCUUGGAACACCUGGUGCACUGCUACGGCUCUGGAACAGCUCGCCGAUUGGCGAAAUCAGAAUGAAUCUUUGACGCGGCGUGAUUCGGAUUAUUUGUCCGGUGCUCACGGUGAAUCUCCGUCUGUUCCUCCUAUAUUCAUAUUAUCGGCAGAAAAUGAUGAAGUUAUCCCACCCAUUGUGGCGGGACAAUUGGAAAAGAAGGGCCAGGAACUCGGGCUUUAUAUUUCAAGAAAGGAUGUUCCCGGAGCGAUGCAUACCGAAGGGCCGAUGAAAAACGAUGGACGGGAGGCAUUGGUGAAUUUCAUUUUGCGAAAUACGGCCUCGGAUCGGGACAAAUGA